UGUGUGUCUGUGUCUGUGUCUGUGUGUGUCUGUGUCUGUGUGUGUGUGUGUGUGUCUGUGUCUGUGUCUGUGUCUGUGUCUGUCAGCCCCCCACCCCCACCCCACCAUGUCCCUGUAUCCCUUGAGGCUCCAGCUGAGUCCACCGGCGUGCCUUCACCUCCUCUGCCUGCUGCUCCUCCUCGCUGACUCUUCCUCCACAGUGAACAAACAGGGCCCGGUUCCAGCCAACCCACUAACCCAGCUCAACACAACACGAGCUAACUCCUCCACUGCAUGUGGUCAGAAUGCAUCAGUUAAUUGUUCCUCAGAGACCAGUUCCACUGAAGUGCCAACAUUACUACUAGAGAAGAAUUUGAACUCUACCUCAGUCAGAUUAAAUGACACUGUACCAUCCUUAAUCCCACCCAACCAGUCUCCAGGAAGAAACCAUUCAUCACCAGCUUCACCAUCCAAUCAGCAGCCAGUAUCACAAUUCCAGCCUCCAUCCCCAGAGAUGGUCCCUCAGCCUCCUCCUACCACCACAGGCUCACCCCCACAUUCUGCUCAUACUGGAUCCAUUACAGGAACUGCUACUAUUACAUCCACACCUGCAGAGCCUGUUAGGGACGUACCCAAAACCCCUGUACUGGUGACUACAGCAACAACACAGUCUUCUACAGCAGCAACAACUACUACAUCAUCAACAACAACAACAACAACAACAACAGCAACAACAACACUUAAUACAGCAGCAGCAACAACAACAACAUCUACAACAACAUCUGCAACAACAAUAACAUCUUCUACAACAACAACCAAAACUCCAUCCAUAUCUACAGCAACAACAGCAGCAGAACCACAUGCUCCAACAACUGUAAAAACAGCCACACUUCCAAAAGCUAACAUAACUGUUACCAGCGCUACAACCACAGGUAUAAAGAUGUCACCGCCACCAUCAUCAUCAGCUGCCAUGCCACAGCCAAAUGCCCCAACUACUGGGAUCCCACUAGUUCCGGUGGUAGGGCUUGGUACCACAACUAGCGCUGGCCCCAAUAAGCCGCUUUCCUCUGGAACGAGGGAUGACAUGGUAGACGUAGCGGGGGCUGCUCUGACCAAGCAGCUGGUAGAUACGGCCUCUUUACUGGCUGUCCUGCUCUUCGGCCUGCUCUUCUUCUUGGUCACAGUGGCUGUGUUUGUCACACAGGCCUACGAGAGCUACAGGAGGAAGGACUAUACCCAGGUGGACUACCUGAUCAACGGCAUGUACACAGACUCUGGGGUGUGAGGGAGGAAGGGGGUCAAGCACAACUCGUGGAGAUUGUUUUUACACUUGGAGUCAGGGAGUGUUGCGUGGGAGAUUGACUGACUGGAUGGUAUCACGGUGGUGCUGUGAAUUCACAAGAUGAUCCAGUGCCGCUGUCGGACAGGGGAGAAGUAGGAAUGUACUAAAUACUGACCAACAGCUCACUGAAGUGACUCUUAACGCUGUUCCACUUAAUGCUUUGUUCUAUCCUCCUUUCUUUGAUGGUUUGAAUGUGAAGAGUGCGGCUGGUCACAUUUUUGCCAAAUGCUGAGCAACAUAAAUGGAGGUUACCUGGAUGUAACUCCAGUUCUAUGAGUACACGUGCAACCCUCUAACGGGCUUCACUAUUAGCCAGCAGAAUCUCCUCCACAUUGCUGGUCAGUCCAGCUGUAGUUGGUUCCGGGGUGGCUGGACCAAUCAGGAUGCUUCCAAGGUGACAGAAAGCUCAACAAAUGAUCAAGUGAAUUGAGGUUUAUUUCCAGGAGAGCCAUUUUGUUUCUUACGACUGACAAGUGUGUGUUCUUUUUUUUUUUUUUUUUUUUUGUAAUGUAAUGUAAACAUCUGUCAGAUUGUUUGAGUUAUUGUCCCUUUACAGAUGAAUAUAUUGCUCCUUAAGGACUGGGGUCAAACAUGUCAUUCGUUUGAGGGAAUUUCUACACCAGCCAUAUAGCUUAAUGCACUUUUUCCCACAUUCAAACAAAGUCACAGCCCUGACCAAAGUAUAUUAUUAGUAUUAUAAUAUUAUGAGAGAUGUGACUCAUUUUCAUUACUGAUUCCAUAUAAAAUGACCAUAACAAUUACUGAUUAAAACAAAAAAAUGAAAACCAACAAAUUGAUUAAAAAUGUCUUCGUCAAUCACAAUGAUUGACUGAUUCAGUUGUUGUCAGCUGACACCUUCUGUGCCCCACCCAUUUUGGAACCUGAGUCCACUUUCUCCUUCUCCUAGACAAGCCUGGGACACAGCCUUCCUGUCUCGAAAAGACAGCCUCAUUACAUACAUUGUGUGUAUAUAGUCACAUCUUAAGUUAGCUCAUGUUAGCAAAAUGCUAGCCAACUAGGUAGUUAAGCUACAAUUGUUAGCAAGCUAACAUUAGUUAUCAGAUGUAGUUUACUAGUUAACGAUUAUGUAGAUCAGCUAGCUUGUAAUCUGGUGUUUUGCUAGCAUGACAUAAGAUGUGACUUAUCUUUUUAACCAUCUUCAAAAUGUGGUUGUCUUUUCAACAUAGUUUAGCCUAGCACAUAGCAUAUCAUAUAUAAGUGCAGGAAAGGAGGAAGUUGACCAAGCCUUGCUCAGCUGUUAUUGGAGCACAGAAUAAAAAGGGGUGGGACUUAAGAAGGGUAAAUUGUUCAGAUGAUCCUAGUUUAAAGACAUUUUGUUGUAGUAUUCAACAACAGAUCCAGACCCCAGACUCACUGACAUCAAUUUAUCAUAGUUCAUUUAAUUCUUUAGUCUUUAGUUUAAAUGAUCAACAUUGAGCUUUGGUAAUUAAUAUUUCAUAAUAAUAUUUCUUGUUAAUCAUAGCUUGAGUCUUGCGUUUGUAGUUUUGGCCAUCAUUUCUAUCAGAAAUGGUAACAUUGCACUCAUCAAGGUAAUUACAGUUGCCUGUGGUGUGCUCACUUUGACCUCCAAAUAAAGGCUUUUAGAUAAUCUGAAUUUAGAUAAAGUGUUUACAGCCUUCCUGCCUGAAGACAAUUGCCUUGGUGAGGAAAGUGUAAUUAUAACUGAUAACAAAGAUGGCCAAAAGUACACAAAAGUGCCAUGAAGGAGAUCUGACCUGAGUGACUUUACAGCAUAGAGAGCUGGACUUGAACCAGCCUCUUCCAUACGUAAAUCAAAAGUAAACAACCAUGUGGAAAAUAGUUUUCCCAGAAAGACAGAAGAGUUUUACACAGGUACUCAUGCCUAUUGAAUACAGCUGGAGAUGUUUUUCCCCAGAUGUGGCCUGGUGUGUUAAAGCCUGCUGCUUGUGGUCAGGGCCGGAGUAUAUACAGUGUGGUGUCUGGUUUAGUCAGCGGGCCAGAGACUGAGACCACCGUUUCAUCUCGGUCAAGUCAUCAAGUUGAUUUUUUUCAUCGUCUGUCAGUGUGUUGGCAUCUGCAGCAGAGGCUUUGUUCACUCGGUCUGUUUGUUUGGAUGGCAACUGCUUUGCUCGGUGAUGACAUUAAAGGUCAGAUGGGCAUAUUAAAACAAGCUGCCUCAUUCCACUCACACUGAGAAUUAACAUCCACCCUGGUGGCAUUAAUUACACUCCUUUCAGGAACGUUAUCAACAAUUUCAGAUCAGGCCGAACCACAUCAUCGGUCUUAUUCCUGCCGAUUGGAAGAGCAGCUGUGCAUACCCACUCUGAUUCAAACAUACUGCAGCUGGAUUUGGGAACUGGUGGGAAUAAUCAUACAUCACUUCUUCACUGAAGCUUUUUUUGAGAAAACCUUUGAAUAUAUAAGGAGAGCACUGUUGUGAAAUAUGACUGACAGUGAUGGUAUGUGCAGACCUUUUAACCUGCUGUUUGUUCAACACACUUAUUCUGUUGUUCACACAGUCAGGUGUUUGGGGAAAUAGUUUGGUUUGCUAUUAAACCCCUCAGUUGCAUUACAUGAGAAAAUGCUAUUCAGUUUGUCUUAUUUUAGUAAAGCUGGGGAAUGGUUAGCCAAAAGUGACAAUAAUACGCUCCAAUACGAACAAUUCUAAAGCGGUCUUAUUUGUUGGGUCUUGUUUGCUAGCUAGCAAGCUAGUUUACAAAUCAUUUUUGAAAAAAUGUGUGAAAAAUUAGUUUGUUCAAAACAGGACUUUGGUUAUAGCCUAGCUUAGCACAAAGACUGGAAGCAACUGCUAGCCCUUCAUAUUUGAUGGAGGCUAGCACUUUCCCUAGUCUUGUGCGGAGCUAGGCUAACCACAUCCUGGGCCCGUCUCUUACUGGAGAUAUCUGAACAAUAGCAGGUGAAGCUCAUACAGAUCUCCUCCUCUGACGUGAUUAACAGCAAAUAACCGUUUCCUAAAUGUUGUGUUUCUGUACGACUUAAUUUCAAAGUCUAAUGAUUUCACUUUGAUUCCUUUCCAUUAACCUUCAUUGAUUUUGAGGACCUGCCAGCUGUUUUCCAGUGUUUACUGUUCUUGCACACACGUCCUGCAGUAGAUGGGAGAUGGGUACAGGGGCAUACUAGAUUGCGUAUUUCAAUAUAUUUUAUAUUUUUGUUAAUAGUGAAUGUAUUCUUGAAUGCUCAGCUGUUAAUCCGCCAUCUAUCCCUGUUCAUGUCCAACUUGAGUUAUAUUUAGUCCAUUUCUUAUAAUGUCUUAAUUUCCUCAGAGCUCAAUAUGCACCUCACUGUAUAUUAUCUCAUAUCUUAGGUGUUUAAUAUUUUACUGAUGAACAAUCAUUUUAUGCCAUUAUAACUUCCUCAAACAUUUUGACCUUGUUUCCUAAUAACUAUGCUAUGUGUUAUCAUACUUAUGGGAUAUCCCAUAAUGUGAUAAAGUUCCCAAUAGUUAAAAAAAAAGUUGAGUGAAAUAUUGUAGCUCAUUAAAUAGACUGAUGUUGGAACAAACUUAUGAUUUGUAAUGGAGAACUGUAGAAGUUCUAAAUGUGAAUGAGAUAUCAAUAUUGUCUAAAUGUUUGAAUGACAUUUCACAAACUAGUGAACACACUCUGUGUUCUAUCUGUUACAGUUAGUAUCAGUAUGUCCUUAUUAAUGCUUAUGGACAGAUGUUCUCCUAGCCCCUAACAGUUUUUUUCUCCUGUCCUGGUGCAAAAUUGUUCUCAGUGGUUUGAGAAAGUCUGUAUCCACACCAGACAAUUUACAGUUGCCUUUUCUCUUUCUUGACCACUUUUUUAUUAGUUUUCUUCUUCUGAGGGGCUCAGAGUUGAUGGACAGUUGCCAAAUAAUCACUGAAGCACAUUAUUGUAUGAUAAAGCCAAGGGAAACAUAAAGCCAUUAUCAAUCUGAGACUGAAAGGACGAUGAAGUGUACUCCCGAACAGGAGCAUUUAUGGGCCGAGCUGAAAGCUUGCACAGCAGAAGAUGUUUUUUUCAAAUAAAAAAAUGUAUGUCUGUUAUUGUGUAUUUCUGCUGUAUAAAAUGCAUUAAGUUUUGACCACUAUGUUUGACCUUAAUGGUUACUUGUUUUGGACCUGCCAUUUUUGUGUGAUUCAAUAUCUUGCAGUUGAUGUCAGGGUUCGAGUUCCGUGGGAGCAGAGUUCCCAUGAAAGCCGUAAAAUCUAACUUUUUUAGGCCUUAAAAUGUCUUCAAUAUGAUUCUGAAGUUAGUGUUACUUGUAUAAAGUAGCAUUUUUCAGUCUCACUUUUAAAUGUGUUUUUUGGAAUAAUUUCUAUUGAUCAUGCUGUAACAACUACAAAACAAAAACAACAUGUUUUCCUUUAUAUCCUUAGUACUUUUUAUUUUUGCCAGUAUGGAUGUAAAAAAGGUCUUAAUUACAUUAAGUGUUUUUUUUAAAGCUGCAGCAGGUAACUUUUAUAAGAAUAACUUUUUGCCAUAUUUGGUGAAACUUUCAGACAGAUCAUAUGUGAAAAAAACAUAUGAUCAUCAUUUGAAGUUCCAUCAACUAUCCAUUAACUAUCCUCCUUGGCUCUGAUUGGUUGUUUUACAUUCAGAUAUGGUGGAUUCUUACAAAUGGCAUUAGGAGCACUAGGAGGAGCCAGAGGAACCAGAUUUUUUCCACAGAUUAUCUGUCUCAUGUAUCAGCUGUCUGUCUAGAAAAUAUGACAAAUAAUAUUACUAUAAAAGUUACCUACUGCAGCUUUAAGUCCUUAACGUGUUGAAACCUGCAGAAACCCUGAAUAAGAUCUUGGAUCAUUUGAAAACAA